AUGACGACCAGCAAAGCCCCAGAAGUUGGAGAGUCCUCUACUAGUGCUGCAAAGAAAGCUCUGAAAGCCAACACUAAUGGAGUUACAAAUUAUGAAUUGCCCUGGGUUGAGAAAUAUCGGCCGGUGUUCCUCGAUGAUGUAGUAGGAAAUACGGAGACAAUAGAACGACUAAAGAUUAUAGCGAAAGACGGAAAUAUGCCUCAUGUCAUCAUUUCUGGUAUGCCAGGUAUUGGAAAGACGACGAGUGUGCUGUGUCUGGCAAGGCAACUGUUAGGAGACUCAUACAAGGAAGCAGUAUUAGAAUUGAACGCCAGUGACGAAAGAGGUAUCGAUGUUGUGCGCAACCGCAUCAAGGGAUUUGCGCAAAAGAAAGUCACACUCCCAGCUGGUCGACAUAAACUCGUUAUUCUCGAUGAAGCAGAUAGUAUGACAUCUGGAGCUCAACAAGCCUUACGUCGUACAAUGGAGAUAUACAGUUCGACUACACGAUUUGCUUUUGCAUGCAAUCAAUCGAAUAAGAUUAUCGAGCCUUUACAAUCCAGAUGCGCAAUUUUACGAUAUGCAAGACUGACAGAUCAGCAAGUGGUCAAACGAUUGUUACAAAUCAUCGAGACAGAAAAGGUGGAAUAUAGUGAUGAUGGAUUGGCUGCAUUGGUUUUCAGCGCCGAGGGAGAUAUGCGCCAGGCUAUCAAUAAUUUGCAGUCGACUUUUGCUGGCUUUGGACUCGUCAACGGAGAUAACGUCUUCAAGGUUGUGGAUUCACCUCACCCCAUCAAAGUACAAGCUAUGAUAAAGGCAUGCUACGAGGGCAAGAUUGAUUCUGCAUUGGAGACGUUGAACGAGUUGUGGGGCUUGGGAUACUCGAGUCACGAUAUCAUCAGCACUAUGUUCAGGGUUACGAAGACGGUCAAUACUUUGAGUGAGCAUUCGAAAUUAGAGUUCAUCAAGGAAAUUGGAUUCACGCAUAUGAAGAUUCUGGAAGGAGUUCAGACGCUACUUCAAUUGAGUGGUUGUAUCGCAAGGCUUUGCAAGUUGAAUAUGGAUUCAAGACAAUUCGUUGCUAAAUAA